GCAAUAUUCAAGUAUUAAAGUGAGAACAGGACUAUUGAGAUCUCACGAGAAUCCGGCGACAAGCCGCUAGUCUCGCGAGACGCUAGCAUCCAUUUUGUUCUCUGAUAAGAAGCCAUUGGUAGAUGGUUCGGGAAGAGGAAAUUCUCGCGAGAUCUCGCUGUGGUAGAAAGUAAUCACAGGGGAGCGAUGGCGACUGCAAUCAUGUUGAGCGUCGACUCCAUCAAGCUGGAAAAUGGACAGAGCACCUCUGCAAAACUGGGUCUCCCUCCCCUCACUCCAGAGCAGCAAGAGGCGCUGCAGAAGGCCAAGAAGUAUGCGAUGGAGCAGAGCAUCAAGAGUGUACUAGUGAAACAGACCAUUGCACAUCAACACCAACAACUCACCAACCUACAGAUGGCAGCAGUGACUAUGAGCUUUGGAGAUCCUCUCUCACCUUUACAAUCGAUGGCAGCGCAGAGGCAGCGUGCCCUGGCCAUCAUGUGCCGCGCGUAUGUGGGAUCCAUCUAUUAUGAACUGGGAGAAGACACCAUCCGGCAGGCAUUUGCUCCAUUCGGACCCAUAAAGAGCAUAGACAUGUCCUGGGACUCGGUCACAAUGAAACAUAAGGGAUUUGCAUUUGUGGAGUAUGAAGUUCCAGAGGCAGCCCAGUUGGCGUUGGAACAGAUGAACUCUGUCAUGUUGGGUGGCAGAAACAUAAAGGUGGGCCGGCCCAGCAAUAUUGGCCAGGCACAACCCAUUAUAGACCAGUUAGCGGAGGAGGCCCGCUCUUUCAAUAGGAUUUACAUUGCCUCCGUGCACCAGGACUUGUCAGACGAGGACAUCAAGAGUGUGUUUGAGGCAUUUGGGAAGAUCAAGUCUUGCAUGCUGGCUCGUGAUCCAACCACCGGCAAGCACAAGGGCUAUGGCUUUAUAGAGUAUGACAAGGCCCAGUCCUCGCAGGAUGCAGUCUCCUCCAUGAAUCUCUUUGAUUUGGGUGGUCAGUACCUUCGAGUUGGAAAAGCUGUGACUCCCCCAAUGCCUCUGCUCACACCUGCAACACCUGGUGGGCUACCUCCUGCAGCAGCUGUAGCGGCCGCAGCUGCAACUGCCAAAAUUACAGCUCAGGAAGCUGUCGCUGGAGCUGCUGUCCUGGGAACACUUGCUAGCCCUGGGCUAGUAACCCCUGCACUGACACUGGCACAGCCCCUGGGGGCACUGCCUCAGGCUGUUAUGGCUGCACAGGCCCCUGGUGUUAUUACAGGCGUGACCCCAGUGCGCCCUCCUUUGCCAGUUGCCAUUCCCCCAGUUGGGCUAGUUACCCCUCUACUUUCCAGUCCUCCAACGUUAGCCCAACUAGAGGUGAAGAAGGAGAAGGAAGAAGAGGAACUGUUGCCUGAGUCAGAGAGGCCGGAGAUGCUGAGUGAGCAGGAACAUAUGAGUAUAUCUGGUAGCAGCGCCAGGCACAUGGUCAUGCAGAAGCUCAUGCGCAAACAGGAGUCUACUGUCAUGGUCCUGCGCAACAUGGUGGAUCCUCGUGAUAUCGAUGACGACCUGGAAGGAGAGGUCACAGAGGAGUGUGGAAAAUUUGGAGCAGUGAAUCGGGUCAUUAUUUACCAGGAGAAGCAAGGGGAGGAGGAAGAUGCUGAGAUCAUUGUUAAAAUCUUUGUGGAGUUCUCCAUGUCCAGCGAGAAGCAGAAAGCCAUCCAAGCCCUGAAUGGCCGCUGGUUUGCCGGACGUAAAGUAGUCGCUGAGGUUUAUGAUCAGGAGAGGUUUGAUAACAGUGACCUGUCUGCUUAAUUGGCCUCGGACUCUUGUACAUGCCCCACCCUCUUCCUCCUCCUCCUCCUCGUAUUGUGCUCCUUUUAUAAUUCUUUGUGCCGUGUCCUUGUUUCUGGGGGUAGAAGCUGAGAAAUAAAGUAUUUUUGUUUUUUUUCCCCCAUUUUCCCAAUUCUUUCCCUGCCUCUGAUAAAGUUCACACACUCCAUGUAAAUAUCUGCAUUAGUUCUGUAGUUCUCCUUCAUCUCAGUAGCAGUUGGGCAGGUUUAUAUAGUGAAUAAAGUAUCCCCUCUUGUAAAAUACAAGGUUAUUCUACGUUACUGAGGAGUUCCAUGACCAAAAUGUCCUCUACCCAAACCCUCUGUCCGACCUACAAAUACAUAACUUACCUUCCAACCUGAAACCACAAAACUGGAAGUGAUGUUGCCCCGGAGCCUGCUUGGACAUGUAAGGGGAAAAAUAUUGUCUUAUCCACAGGCAAGGGUGGAAGGAACCAGUCCUACACUGUAGUCAGGUACCCAGGUGGUUACCUACAGACUUUAUGCUCAAAACCUGGGGGACCUGGCUGCUUUGUGGGUGCUGGAGCUGAUCCAUAUAUACAAAAUAAAAGCAGAACUCUGUGUAUACCAACGGCUUUACCUUCUGGAGCUGUGAAUCCCUGAUGUAUGGCCGUGUCAUUCAAUGUAGUUCAUGUGGAUUCACAGUGUCUGGUAUACAGGGCUCUAGCUACUGGCCAACCCUGGGAACUGCAGCUAAAAGCCCAAGUGUCUAUAUGUCAAUCAUCUUGUCAUAUGUCCCUGUUCCAACUAAAACCACCUUUAAAAUAAAGCUUUUACAUCUCUUGCCUUGAA